AUCGCCGGUUUCGAUGGGCGGAGCUCAAAUGUUUCUGUUGCUACAGCGAAAAUGUUGUCCCUCAUUCUCUAUUUCAACUGCCGUGGGACGUAGUCAGUUAACUACUGGAUGUUAAGCAUCAGCUGCUGGAAGUUCUGUUUUAUGUGAUUCUGUCGGUGGUUGCAUGUCGUCUGUAGUCAUUUUCGCGACAGAAAUCGUUUAAUAGCUGCACAGUACAGAAACACAUCAGUCCGUGAUGGGAAAAGUGAAAGCCAUUUUACUGUGCGUUGCAUAAAGAUGCAUCAGUACGGAGCUUGCUGGAUAGUUCGCUUGCUAUUCUGUAACGUAUUUGACGAGAUAAGAACGUAAUUUUUAUUGAAAGCGGUGGCUGAAGUCGAUCUGUAGGUUCCUGUUGCAAAAGUAGUGCAUUUAACCAUACAGCGUGACAGGUGGAAGACUUCCCUGCUAAUAUUAGUGGGGUUAGUGGAACCCUGUAGCAAAUACAUGUCCAUUUUUCAUUCUCUCUGUGCUUUACUUGUAUAGCCUACUUUUGUUGCUUCUUUGUGGAAGUGUGUAGCUAUUCUUUGACGCUUGUCCAUUUUUCUUUAUGAAGAAUAUUUAAGCAUAGUAUCGAAUACUUAUUUAAUAGUGUGUCAUGUAACUGGCUAGCUACAACACUUUUUUCCCAUUAUUGUAUCUAGCUAUAUUAAUGACGUGCUCAUACCGUAUGCAAUGCAUAUUCUGUGACUAGCUGUCGGCCAAACCUGCAGACAAGCUGUAGAGUUAAUGUAAUCCAUUUAACAGCAGUGGUGAUUAACAUUAAUUUGGUGGAACUUUCGAAGACGACUAUUGAUUUAGUAACUCACCGUCAGUCUUUGAACUCAAAUUUUAUUUUCGUUGUUAUCUUGAAUUGCCAUUACUUUGGGCAGAAUCACCGGCGAGUAAUAACUUCUGGUCCCGAUAGCAUGCACGCUGCCCACAGCCCCGGCGCUGUACCCGUGGGUGUAGCUGGGGAUGGCCCGGAUCUCUGCCUCUCCGGCUCACAGCUGGCCGUAUCGCGCCGGCCCAGCAGCGCGUCGCCGGGGAAACACUUCUCCCGCUCGGUGUCGGUCUCUGUGGCGGGCGACGGCAGGGGAAAGCGGAACACGCUGGCUGAAGUUGGACUGGGAAGUUCCCGCUCUAUCAAGAACCUACGGCGCUCCAACAGUACCACACAGGUCAACCAGCGAGCUGACAACAGCGUGAGGGAGGAGUCGUCGGAGGACUUCCUGUCGUUUUUUGACCGCAGUCUGGAUGGCAGGAGGAAGCUAGCCAGCCUCAGCAAGACCUCUCCGGACCGCACCACCUGGAACAUUCUGGAUGACCAGCCGCGGGCGUUUCCAGCCCCCCCCAGCUCGCGUAGUGCUGGCAGCAUAGAGUCCCCCACGGGGCAGAGAAGGAGAGAGGCGGGAGUUGCACUGGCCCCCAACUUCACUGCCAACAAUAGGAGCAACAAAGGAGCUGUGGGCAACGCCGUGACGACCAUCCUGCACAACAACCACUCAGACCAGCCCCUCACUCCCAAGAGCUCCAAUCAGAAGCCUUCCUUCAAUAAUAUUAUGAAAGCCACAGCCCGUGAGGAGAGUCCAGUGGAGGGUGGAUCUUUGACGAAAUCGCAGAAGAACUUCUCGUCCUCCUCCAAUAACAACAAUGCCUCCUGCAGCAGCCCCUCCCAGAUCGGCAGCCCCACCCUGUGCAGGAGACGUGAGGUCACAGAGGAGGAGGCCGAAAGGUUUAUCCAGCAGGUGAACCAUGCUGUGGUCACUAUCCAGCGCUGGUACAGGCGCCAUGCUAAGAGGCAGCGCGCAGGCCGGGCUGCACUGGAGCGCCUGCUUAGCACCAGCAAGAAGGAGCAGGAGUCGAGUGGGAAGGAAAUGAUUCUGCAGAAGAAGAAACCAGAGGACAGGAAACGGGUUCGAGAAGAGAAGGCACGGCUCGCUCGUCUGGCAGCCAUCGAGGAGCUGCAGCAGAAGAGGGCCCAGCGGGCGAUGGAGGUGCAGCGGGUGGUGGGGGCGGAGCUUGCUGCGCUGAGACAGACAGGGAAGGUGGGCCGCAGGAAAGCUGCCAGGGCGUUGCAUAGCAACAAGAGCAGCAGCUCGACCAUGGACAUCAAGGCCAAGAACACAGAUUCCAGUGGCAGUGUGGCAGCUGAUCAUGAUGACCCCUCCAGUAUGAGGGCCAGUUCCCCCCCAUGCACAGGUUCCCAGGGGGCGACAGGGCCAGUGAGUGUGGAGGACCACCAGCAGGGGGAGCCGUGCAGCAGACCACAGUCUAAAACCACCCUGACUGAGCUGCUGGACACACUGAAGCUGCUUGAGGAGGAGCCAGAGCCCAAGAGCUUCAGGAAGGAGAAAUAUGCCUGGAUCGAUGAGGAUGGGGACUCCAGCUCUCUGACAGCGGAUAACCUGCAGAGGCAUGGUCAGCUGAGUCAGAUUCCUGCUCUACCAGAAGGGGGCGCCCUGCUCUCUCAGGCCAAACUGCACUCCAUCAUGAGCUUCCUGGACGAGAUGGAGCAGUCUGAGCAGGACCCGCCCCGCUCCGUCGCCUCAGGCUCCCACAGAGAGGUGCUGCUGUCGGAGGAAGAGAUGGGUGGGGCUCAGGUGGGCAUCGAGCAGGCAGUCGCCACAGCCGCUGAGGUCACAACCUCCAUGAUGAGUCUGAAGCUGGAGCUGGAGGAGAAGAAGCGCACUGUCAACAUGCUGCAGACUGCCCUGGCUCAGCAGCGGGAGCUGACCAUGCGGCACGUGAGAGAGACGGAGAAGGAGCUGGGCAGGAACCUGCAGCUGCAGAAAGAGCAGUACGAGACCACCAUCCAGCGGCACCUGUCCUUCAUCGACCAGUUGAUAGAUGAUAAGAAGGCCCUGAGUGAGCGCUGUGAGACCAUGGUGACUGAACUCAAGCAGGUUGAUCAGAAAUACACCAAGAAGAUCACCCAGAUGCAGGAGCAACAUGACCUGGUUUGGCACAUUCUGGGUCCCUUGUGUGAGGAGAUUAAGAAGUUGAAGGAGCUGAUGACCGCCAGUGAGAAGAUUCGCCGGGAGAAGUGGAUCGAUGAGAAAACCAAGAAGAUCAAAGAGAUAACGGUGAAAGGCCUGGAGCCCGAGAUUCAGAAGCUGAUCUCCAAGCACAAGGCAGAGCUGAAGAAGCUGCGGGCGCUGCAUGAGGCGGACCUGCAGCAGGCCGACGAGCGCGCCGCCCAGCGCUACAUCCGCCAGACCGAGGAGCUCCGCCUACAACUGGAGAGAGAGAGAGACCAGCACUGCCAGAGGGAGAGAGAGCUGGCCCAGCAGAGGUAUGAACAGCAGCUGCAGGAGGAGGAGAAGGCCUUGCAGCAGCAGAGAAGGAGGUUGUACAAGGAAGUGGCCGAGGAGAAGGAGAGACUGAACCAGCUGGCCACCAGGCAGCGAGUGGAGCUGGAUGAGCUGAGGAGGCAGCUGGAGGAGAACAGCACUGUUGCCAGUCGUGCUCUGCGGGAGGAGCUGGAUAAAACCCGCGAGGAGCAGGAACGUCGGCAUCAGGUAGAGUUGAAGGCCCUAAGAGAACGCCUAGAGAUAGAGAAACAGACCUGGGAGGAGAACUACAUGAAGAAGGAGGAGGCGUGGCUGUUGAGUCGUGAGAGGGAGUUGAAGGAGGAAGUGCGACGGGGGCGGGACAAAGAGAUUGAGCUGGCCAUUCAGAGGCUAGAGGAGGAGACCAGCGGCGCUCGGGAGGAGUGUGAACGUGCCGCUGAGAACCGGGUGAAGCGCGUGCGGGAGCAGUACGAGGUGGAGCUCAGGGAGAUGGAGGUGACGGAGAGAGCUCUGCAGGACAGACACAAGGAGCUGAAACUGCGGCACAGCGAGACUGAGGCUCAGCUGCUCCACCUGCAGGCCGUCCUGCGUCACAAAGAGCAGGAGGUGCAGGACCUCACACAGAUCCGGGACAAGCUGUCGGAGGAGCGGCGCCGCCUGGCGGAGGUGAUCCGGCAGGAGUUCGCCGAGCGCCUGGUGGUGACCGAGGAGGAGAACCGGCGGCUGAAGGUGGAGGGGGCGGAGCUCCGAGCACGCCUCAGGCUCGAGGUGGAGAGGGUGACGCAUGAGAAGGAGGAGGAGCUUGCCGAGGUGCACCAGAGGGUGAAGUCUGCCAUCUUAAAGAAGGAGGAGACGGUCAGCACUCUACGUAAGCAGCACGAGGCAGCACUGAAGAGGGCGGAUCAUUUGGAGGCCCUGCUGGAGCAGCAGAGGAAGCAACUCCUGGGAAAAUGACUGACUUCGCCCCCUGAUUAUGCCCUUGACUCCACCCCCUCCCUUUUUGUCCAGUGGAGUUUUGCUUCAGGUUGAGGCAUGUGGAAGGACAGACACGCUCAGGAGUGUGGCCCGCCCGGGUGUGUGUACUGUACAGGGCAGAAAGUGGAAUGCCUGUGCAGGGAGACCACUAAUAUUGCCAUGGGAACACAGCAGAAGCCACACCUCCAGCCUGACUGUGCUACAGGAGGAACCAGAGACUGCUACUGCUUGCAACACUUACAUUUACACACACUUACACAAACAUAUACUUAUUUAUGCACUCACUCUCACACACAUACACUUCCACACACUACACUUACAGAUACAUACACGCAUUCAUACACAAACAUGCAUGCAGACACACGCGCAUACACGCACACACACACACACACACACACACACAGGUUUGAGUUGUGCGGAUGCAGACACAGCUCGCAUGCAGGGCAGUUGUUGCUCUGUUCCUGGGGGGUCAGUCAACGGGGGGUAGGGAGUCUCAGUACAGCGGUAUGGCCGUGGCCACAGAGCUGGGGAGAGCAGGACAGGAAGAGGUUGAGAGGGGAGGGGCCAGGAGCAGGAUUUAUGAGCAGUUCUGGGAAUGAUUAUUAUGGGAGGGUCACAGUGUAGGAAUGAGAGAGAAAGAGAGGAGGAUGGGGAGGGAGAGAGGAAUGAGAGAGAAAGAGAGGAGGAUGGGGAGGGAGAGAGGAA